AGUCAUGGCGAAGUUGUGACGGAGUGCACGACGUUCCCGGUGGAUGUGUCGCGCGUUCUCUGGUGUUUCUCGGGAUUCUGUGUCGCUAUGUGCUAAAUGGCAGAACGGAAAUUCACGCGAGGUCUCAGCAAGCCGGGCACCGCGGCUCAAGCCCGCGAAACCGUCUCGCAAGCCGUCAGGGAGUCGACCGAACUGGUCCGGCACCAGCUGGUGGAACCCCUGGACUACGAGCAGUUCGUGUCCAAGAACAAGACCAUCCUGCACAAUGACCCGCAACGAGAGAUGCUGUUCUUUCCCCCGGACGACAUCUCGCAAGCCGUCAUUCCCCGUGCCAUCCGCACCACAGUGCCAACCAUACCUCCCAAUGUGCGCUUGCACUGCCUACCAUUGUUUGUGCGCCAAUGCAUCAAGACAUACACAGCUGACUGGCACAAAGUCUUGUACAAGUCGAGCGUCUAUUCUGGAACGUACAAAGAGCUACUCAGUCGAAUACCACGGCCUACAGACCUGCAGGAUCAGGUAUACGAGGUUGACACGGAGACUGAGGUUAAGGACUCGGAGAGCAACCUCAAGGGUGACUCCGAGGUCAUCAAGGAAGGCUACAUACUCAAAGGGCCGGAAUCGGGCACAGACAGCUUCAUUAGCUUGGCAACAAAGUCAUUCAAGAGAAGAUACAUGACGUUAACACGAGGAGUGGAUGGCAGCCACUCGCUCGAGUUCUACAAGGACGACAAAAAGACAGAGUCGAAGGGAACCAUCUGCAUGGACUUCUGUAGCAAAGUGGUCAGGAAUUCGAAACGUAGCAAGCUGAGCUUUGAGCUGCGCAUGCAAGAUGGGCACAAGUCAUGUGUGCUGGCAGCCGAGAGCGAGGUCGAGAUGGACGGCUGGAUGGCCAUGCUGGUGGCCAUCACCACCAACUACCGCAAUGCCCAGGAGUCCAACAGGAAGGCUGCGGCCACCGUCGUCUCGUCACCUGAAGAAAAUGUGGUCACGUCGCCAUCAUCACCUUAUGGCUAUGGAACAUUGAAAAGCUUGGAGCACAGCAAGAAUCCAGACUUGGUGAAGUAUGCCAAGGAAACGGACUACUCCAUAUCCCAAGCACGCAAACAGAAUAGGCAAAACCUGUUCUCUAUUUAUCCAGACCUACAGAGGUCGAGCAGCUGCUUGCAUAUCUCCAACUACGAACGACGUGUUGAGCCCUUCAGGGAAGAAUUCAACACGCGCAUGUUUGUGAAGUGCGAAGAGGUCAAGUUCAACCUGCAGGCACCUCUAGACUGCCAGAACGGAUCCCUCUGCCAGGUUGAGCCCUAUUUUACCACCAUGGCCGUAUACGAUGUCCGUCACAUGCGCAAGGUGACGGAAGAUUUCCGCUUCGACGUCAACAACUCGUACAUGCGCAACAUGCUGCCAAAGACGACGAGAAGAAAAAGUGCCAGUGGCUCGGCUCCCAACGGCACCGCAGGAACUCAGCUGAAUGACGCUCUGUUACCCGGAAUGAGUGAGCUGGGAGAGGAAUGGCUUGCAUUUCCACAACAGGCAAUCUUCAUGGUGCAGCGUCCGGACUCCGAGCUGUUCCUAGUGGUGAGGGUGGAGAAAGUUCUGCAGGGAAGCAUAGCGCAGGCAUCGGAGCCUUACCUGCGGCACAGUAGCGACGGCCGGCAGGGGACCAAGGCCCAGAAGAUGUUCCGGCUGUGCUGUCAGCGGCUCGACCACUUCCGCAUGCCCUUUGCCUGGGCCGCCAAGCCUCUGUUCAGCCGUCAUUCCAAUGAAUUGGACAAGUUCAUGGAGUUUGGGCAGAUCUACCGGCAGGAUAGUGCAAAACUCUCCGAAGAAGACACACUGAAGUUCCUCUGCGACCUCAAAAGGCCUGAGAAAGUGAAACACUUCACAGUGAUUCCAGGACACAUCAAGGUUUCACUAAGGCUUUUGAGACCUGAUGAGACUGUUGACAACUCUCUGACGACGUCUCUCGUUCCUGUGGUGCCAUUCCCAAUGCCUCCCAAGCCCAGGGAAGGCCCCACCCUUGAAGUGCAGCAGUUUCCCACGGACAUAGCGGCUGACAGUCACCCAUUCUUUUCAUACCUCAACCACCUGUACGUCUACCCCAAAAGCCUCAAGUACGACAGCCAGAAGGCAUUUGCCAAGGCAAGGAACAUAUCUUGCUGUGUGGAGCUCCGGGACAGAGACGACGAAGGAACAAAACCACUGAAGUGCAUCUACGGUCGACCAGGGGAGCCCCUAUUUGUCUCACAAUCGUACACGGCUGUGACGCAUCAUUGUGUCACACCCGACUUCUACGAGGAGGUGAAAGUCGUGCUUCCGGUGGAAUUGCACGAGCAACACCAUCUUCUUUUCACCUUCUACCACGUGAGCUGUGACAUUGCCAAGGGCGCCAAACGCAAGGAGGGCCCCAUUGAGAGCAUUGUCGGCUACUCCUGGCUACCUCUGCUCAACAAGGGAAGGCUUAAUAUUGAGGAAGACAUGCUUUCUGUUGCUGCGAAUUUGCCUCCUGGGUACCUUUCGUACAAGCCUCUUGGCCUUGGCAAAGGAUUUUGUGGACCUGACGUGCGGCUCGUGGAAGGCGGCCGGGAGCUUUUCAAAGUUGGGUUCAGGCUUGUCUCCACUGUGCACACGAGGGACCAGCACCUUCACAACUUCUUUGUGCAUUGUCAAAAGCAGUUGGAGACAAAAGUUUUAGGGCCUGAUACUGAGACUAGUACGCUUCUCAAGGAACAGGCACUCCCUUCAAUGGGCACUGAAGCUGAGCGGGAAAUCUCAAAGGUUGUCAAGGCACUGCAUGCUGUGGAGGGCAGUGCCAUGAUCCACUUCCUGCCAACCACGCUGAACCAGCUUUGGAAGCUCCUUGUGAGCACAGGAAGCGAGGAGGUCGCGCUGAACACGGUGCGCGUGCUCAUCCACUUGGUCACCUGCGUGCACGAGGCCGGCAGGGAGGACAUUCUGCACAGCUAUGUCCAGUACAUGUUUGUGACCGAGCCUCCACAAGGCUCGCAGCAGACGACCGUGCACGAAGAGUUGACGAAGGCCCUCUCGUCGCUGCUGGGUCCGGAUAAUGCCGACUUCCUGGUGGUGCACAAGUUUUUGCACCAGUCGUGGUUCUUCUUCCAGAUCCUCGCAAAGUCCAUGGCUCAGCAUCUCAUGAACACUGACCGGAUCAAGAUGCAGCGUCAUGAGCGCUUCUCCAAGGAGUACCACAACCGUGUGCGCACUCUGGUACAGUGUCUGAUUCCACACAUCAUGCAGAAGCACAGAGACCAGCGCAACGAGACGAGGCUGGCCAAUCAGGGGCUGGCUCAUUUCCUUAAGAAAUGCUUUUCUCUGAUGGACCGUGGCUUCGUGUUCAAGCUCAUCAACUUGUACUUGGAGAAGUUCAAAUCCGGAGAUGAAAUGGAACUUCAUUGCUACAAGUUUGACUUUCUGGAAAUUAUCUGCUCGCACGAGCAUUUCAUUGCACUCAACCUACCUUCAUUGAAAGGCGCUUACAGCCGAGGACACUCAAAGAACCCUAAAGACGAAAGCGAGGAGGUUGCAACGGGCGACUACGAGAUGGAGUAUCGGCUGUCGGAAGAGUUCUGUCGUAGCCACUUUCUGGUGGGCGCUCUUCUGCUGGAGCUGCGGGCAGCACUCAGCGAGGUUCAGAAAGUUCGGCAGAGAGCCAUCAGUGUAGUCUGCAACCUGCUUGCCAAGCAUGCCUUCGAUGACCGUUACCAGGGAAAGGCCCAGCAGGCUCGGCUCGCGUCACUCUACCUGCCCCUCAUUUCCGUGCUUCUGGCCAACAUCAACCGUUUCAGCAGCAGCACGGAACAGCAGCAACAGCAGCAGCAGACACCUUCCGCUGCCGCUGGUGCGACUAACACAGGGGUGUCGGGCACCUCUCCAUCACGCAAGAUGAGCAAGGCUGACAGUCUGAACCAUGCAGCUUCACUUGCCGAAGAUCCGGGAACUCCGCAGAGUGUGGUUUCGUACCGCAAUAGCGUGGCCGUUGACGGGCCGGCUUCUUUGCCGGGCUCUGGACGCCACAACCGAGAUUCUAACUACUUGUCCAUCAUUGCUGGCCAAGCCCCACUUCCACACAUGGGGGUCACGUUUGCCACCAACGGCUCCUGCACGUCACUGGAAAGUGAGUCCUCCACACCGUCAAGUUCGUCCGCCAAGGAAAUUGACGCACCUGUCCGUAACGGAGACGUUGGGUCUGCGCAAUGUUUCACACGAGAUGGGAGCCUUGUGAGCAAAGGUCAUGCUAGGUCGCAGUCUUUGCCAUUUGCAAGCCCCACAGGCAUUGUUAGGUACGACAAGUUCGAGCCCUCCGAGAUCAAGGACCUCUUGGUCUGUUUUCUCUACCUCAUCAAGCAACUGAACGAAGACCUACUGAUUGGCUGGUGGCAGCAAUGCAGAGACUGUGAUUUACUUGAUUUCUUUCACUUACUGGAGCUCUGUUUGCAUCAGUUUAGAUACAUGGGCAAGAAGCACAUCCUCAAAGGGCGGAAUCAGCAGGCCUCAAGUGCACAGGCCAAGGCCAUGACCUUGCCUGCUAGGACAGCCCCACCCACGUUCACCCAACGAUGCAACAGCACCUACAGCGAGAACGCAGCCAUGGAGAACGGCGGUGAGGUCGACGGGGACAGCUUCUACCGGGCGCUGCUGGAGGCCAACAUGGCCACCGAGGUUGGCCUCAUCACCCUGGAUGUCCUGGGACUGUACUGCGGGCGCUUCAAGGACUCGCUGCUGUUCAACGACGGGGACAACCCAACGAUGCGGCGCCUCUUCGACAUCUACCUCUCGUUCCUCGAAGUGGGCCAGUCUGAGAACUUGCUGCGACACCUUUUUGCAGCACUGCGAGCCUUCAUCAACAAGUUUCCUGUUGCCCUCUUCCAAGGUGAUGCCUUCCUUUGUGGAAAGCUAUGCUUUGAGCUUCUCCGAUGCUGCAACUCAAAGUUGUCGACUGUUCGCAACGAAGCCUGUGCCCUGCUGUACCUGCUGAUGCGUAGCAACUUUGAGUUUACCCGGAGGCAGGGACUCACAAGGGUGCACCUGCAGUUGAUAGUUUCUGUUUCAAGGUUACUGGGUGAAGUGAUUGGACUGAACACUGCCAGGUUUCAGGAGAGCCUGUCCAUCAUCAACAAUUAUGCAUCCGGUGACAAAGCCAUGCAGAGAACAGUAUUCCCAAGCGAGGUCAAGGAGCUGACCAAGAAGAUAAGGACAGUGCUCAUGGCAACCACGCAGAUGCGCGAGCACGAGAACGAUCCUGAGAUGCUGGUGGACUUGCAGCACAGCCUUGCCAACAGCUAUUCGGCCACACCAGCUCUGCGUAAGACUUGGCUCGAGAGCAUGGCUGCUUACCACAUCAAGAACAGCAGCUACACUGAGGCUGCGCAAUGCUACAUUCAUGUUGCUGCUUUGGAGGCCGAGUACCUGAGACACAAAGAGGUUUUCCCCGGAGGCUGCCUGGCCUUCAAGAACACGUCGCCGAACGUGGUGCGCGACGAAUCGCACAUCCGAGAGGACGCCGCCGCCGCAGCUGGGCAGCAGCAGCAGGACUUCCAGCAGACAGAGGAGUCCCUGGUCGAACGGCUGGAGCAGUGCGUCGAGAUGCUCCAGCUGGCCGAGCGCUAUGAGUCGAUGGCCGACAUCUACCGGCUGUUGGUGCCCAUCUACGAGCGCCGGCGCAACUACGCUGCCCUUGCGCGCUGCUACAAGACUCUCCACCAGGGCUACAACAAGAUCCUCGAGGUCAACUCUACGGGGAAGCGCCUCCUGGGCACUUACUACCGGGUCGUCUUUUUCGGACAGGCUUACUUUGGGGAUGAAUCCGAGAAGGAGUACAUAUACAAAGAGCCCAAGGUGACAUCACUUCCUGAGAUCUCUGAGCGCCUGCAUCGCAUGUUUUGUGAGAAAUUCGGCAAGGAAUCUGUCAAGAUGAUCAUGGACUCCAAUCAGGUGAACCCGAGUGACCUGGACCCCAAGUACGCAUACAUUCAGGUGACGCACGUGGUGCCUUACUUCAGCGAAAUGGAGCUGUUGCAGCGACAGACGGAAUUCGAGCGGCACAACAUAAUCUCUGAGUUCAUGUACGAGACGCCCUUCACUCUAGACGGCUCCAAGGCACGGGGUGCCCCAGACGAGCAGUGCAAGCGACGCACCAUCCUCACCACCAGCUACUGCUUCCCAUACGUAAAGAAACGGAUCCCGGUAACAAGUCGCAGGACAAAGGACCUCAAUCCAAUCGAGGUGGCCAUCGACGAAAUGCAGACACGUGUCGCUGAGUUGGACGAGGUGGUCCAUCGCAAGACACCUGACCUCAAGAAGCUCCAACUCAAGCUACAGGGCAGCAUUGGUGUCCAGGUGAAUGCUGGCCCUCUUGCCUAUGCGAAUGCCUUCUUGGACGAGAGCAAGUCACACCUAUACCCAGAGGAAGAGGUCAAUGAACUAAGGGAGAAAUUUAGGCAAUUCCUCAACAUUUGCCAGCAGGCGUUGGACCUUAAUGGCAAGCUGAUCCCGCCUGAACAAUGCGAAUACCACAGUGCCCUUAAGAAAAAUCUAGUUGACUUGGCCAGCCAGCUCUCUGAAAUAAUGAAAGAGAAGUUGGUCGCUGAUCAUCGUUCGUCGGUUGCUAUGAAGAGGAUGUCCCUGGAAGUAUUCAACUUCAUCAGCGGCUCACCAGGCUCUAGCAACGUCUAAACCCAUUUAAGCAUCGCUACUUUUUUUUCUUUCCUGAUCAAAGCCUCUUCAUUGCCACCUCUUAGAAUUUUAAUGACUCAUCCCAUGUGUGCGUCCACCUUGCAUUCUCAUUUUGUCAUUGCAAGAUUGUUGAGCAUUCUUCCUUCCUUGUGUGUGCUAGUUCCAAAUUCUUCACAGACAUUGCAGAAAUGUGCAGUGAGGUGUGGACCUUUGCAGCACCACCACCAUUCUACUACUUGUUUAUAGGAAUUAUGUAAAUAAUAGAAGACAUACCUUUUUUUCUGUAUAAUCGAACUUCAGGUUGUUGCUUAUAUAGUAGGCAUUGCAUGAUGCACAGAGGUGUUGUGCUUACGGCGAGGUCAAGACUAGGUCAACAAAGUGCCUUUUUUAUAAAGUUUGUGCAAAGAACAGCAGCGGUAUAGCUGCAUCUUGGCGAGGUUUUUUUUUUUCUUAGUCAGUGUGAAAUGUAUGGGCAGGUUCUCCAAGUGCCAUUGUUGGCAUCGCUUGUACAGAGAAAUACUAGGAACAAUCUGUAAAUACUACUGACAUACUUAAGUGGCGCUAGAACGGAAGAGUUUUGACCCUUCUGUGUCGGACGAAGGGAACGUCAUUUUUUUUUCACCUGGUGUAUUGUGCAAAAUGUGCUUGUACCUGCCGUUGUCACGGUGGUGAAGCAAAAAAAAAAAGCUUGUGUUGUAUAGGCCAAACACUUAGCACACUUUAUCGAGCAGUGCCAAAUGCAGUAUUGGCACAGUUCACCUGUUUACUGUUUGUAGAUGUUACGUGCCGUAAUUUACUGUGUGAAAUAAUGUAGAAUACGUCUCGGAUGUAGCAGACGGCUUCGUCUUGGAGCAUGUUCUACAUCCCACAACUCUUGCGUGACGCGAUAGCUUGAGUCGUGGCUUUCUCGUUUGGAAGGAUGCCUUUCCACCAGGUAAUCUUAUUGUUUCUGCACCGUUACAUAAUGUCACUUUGUACAUUAUCUGCUUAGUUGUUGAAGAGAUUGUAUUACGCAGCAUUUUCUUUUACAGCCCAGGUCGACAUGUGUUGUGAAGGUUGUUUUUGCUUUAAUGGCCUAGGCAAUGCAGAUGUGUCGUGUAGUGUACAUUGUUAUUUGCCCUUAUAUCUAAGGCUUAUCUUUCAUUAGUUGUUUCGUGGUCAGAGUUUUUUAGAGCUGCAGCUUCAGUAUCGACAAUUGCUUCAAUUUUUUUCGCUAGUCAGUUGAGAGCAAAAUGAUUUAUAAUGUAUGCAGAUUUGUGUGUAUAGUUCGUAUUCUAUUUCUGUUAAGGACACCUGCAUAUGUUUGAUGUAAAGGAACAGAUAUGAAAAGAAAGGCUGGUAAGCUAGGUCGCAUCUUAAGAGACAAUGCUUUGCCAUUGGCUGGGCUCUUCAGUGCCCUUUAACCCUCCAUUAUUUAUACAAAGUUCAUGCUUGCUGAUUGCUUCACGAAGCUAUUUGUAUGUAUUCAGAAUGCCUAGGCUGUCAGAGCAACUGUCGCGCACUAAUUUUCACUUUUGUACAUAGCAACAUCUCAUCUUUUACUUCUGCAAAGCUGAUAUUUCUUUGUGGUGUUAAUUGCGAAAGAUUUUUUUUAAGAGCUGCCACCACCAAAAACUGCUAUCCAUUGUGUGAAAAUGUAAAAGCACCCCUGUGUUUACUGCUUCGGCAACAGACAUGGAAGAAAUUUUAGGUCGCGUAAUUGUUUGACUACGCUUUCACAUACAGCCAUAAUACAUGGGGAAAAAAUGUAUUAUCGGUGUCUGUGUUUUACUUUAAAAACUGAAUACCUUAGCAUUAGUUUACUCCUUUGUCAUUUCGUCACGAUCAAGCGGAAAUUCUUUACGUGCCUUUUAUGUGUGUACAAGCCAGUUGCAAAUUUUUCUUUCCCAUGUUUUUGAAAGCGUGUUAUUAUAUGAAGUGCAUUCCUUUGAAAUAUUCAACGUUGUGGUAUUAGGCAAUGUGGACUUUUAUUUGAGAUCACCAGCUGGUGCUAAGCUUCAUGUUGCUGUAAUUACAUGUGCAUUUCUGUACAUUUUUUCCAAUUCUUUCCUGGUUUAAAAAUGCUCAUUGGAGUGAUGUGCAGCCUUCGUUUCUGCGCAAUGCUUGCCAUUUGUGAGGUAGUGGGAGCGGCUGAGUUAACAAGCAAAUUGUGAUGCUGACUGCCAACGUAUGUCAUGUGUGGCUUCUGUUGUGCGGUAAUUUAUGUAUGUUUGUGUACUGCCCCACUAUCUCUUUUAGCCAAGUCAUUGUACAGAUCCAUUAAAACAAAUCGAAGUUUUAAGA